GACAAGCGCAACAAGCUCGAGGCAUACCGCAUCGCCGUCGACACCGCCCAGCCGCUGCCUGCCGAGCUCGGCGCGCACGUCAGCAAUGUCGUGCGCCGGCCACGCAACCCCGAUGUCCCCGUCUCGCCCAACUCCAAGGAGGCGGUUGCGCGCAGGCGAUUCGCCGCGAGCCAGAAUGAGCACACUGGCGUCCAGAAGCUCGCCCCAUACCUGCUCUUCGUGGGCGCCGCCGAAAUGGACGACAGGGUGGCGCCGGUCGAGCUCAUCGUGUCCAAGAACGAAAUCAACCUGAAUCGCUUCUUCCUCCCUCCCGCCCCGAGCAAGGACAUCAAGAAGACCUGGGGCAAUCUGUCGCAGCCGCGCCCAGACACGUGUAUUGGCUAUAUCAGGCAGAGCGAUGCCAACAAGGCCAUGCCUCGCUGCUCCGCGCCUUUCAGCCCAGAGCAGGAGAGCAUCCUCGACAGGCACCACAUGUAUUUCCCCUUCCUCACCGCCCAGUGGAAGGUGCCCGGUGCCAACGAGAACCUGCACGACGCCCAGAACCAAGCCGCCCGCGACGGCGCCGUUAUCGUCAACUGCCUCUGGGACCUCUACCGCGUCGCCUACAAUCGCACCCCGUCUGUGCUGGAGGCGUGCCACUUCUCGUGGCUGAGCGACCUGGAAUUCGCCCAGCUCUGGGUCCAUUGGCGUGAAGGCGCACAACACUACAUGGAGCAUGUGGACGACUUCUCGCUGAGGAAGGAGGAUGAUGUCUGCAAGGCACGGGGCUUUCUCCGCAACAUCGUCAACUCUGCCGUCACGGAGCGGCUCGACUCGAUCAAGAAGGCCCUC